ACAAGGUGGCAACCUUCGCCAUUACUACCACCCCUAACUAAAAAGCUCUAAUCUGGCAACCUUUCUUUGCUUAAUCAGAUGUUAGAAAAUUUUAAAAUUUAAGACUUUUUUUUUUAGCUUUUUUUAUGUACAAAAUUAUUUACUAUGUUCAGUCUCAAAGAGGUGGUAAGGGUCUUUGGAAAUGGACGCCGGAGUUCCCUCACAAUCUGCCGGAGGAAUUUGGCCGAUGAAACGCAUAAUCGGGAGAGCGUCUAUAACUGGCGUAAGCCUGCCGGCCAUCCAGUUGGAAUCAACAUAUAUAACCCGGGGAUGCGCCGAAAGGUACCGCUGAUACUUCGAAGUCCCCACAUGGCAACCUGGUACACCUGUGGACCCACAGUAUAUGAUGAAACCCACUUGGGUCAUGCUAGUACCUACGUGAAAGUCGACAUCCUGCAACGCAUCCUGCGAGACUACUUCAAAAUCAACUUAGUGACUGCUAUGAACAUCACCGACGUGGACGAUAAAAUCAUAAUGCGAGCCAGCUUAGAUGGCCAGGACUGGCUUCAGCUGGCUCGAGAUUAUGAGGCGGAGUUUCGGAGGGACAUGCUACGCCUCAACGUUAAACCCCCCGAUGUCCGCAGCCACGUGACAUCUUCUAUGCCGGUCAUUAUUCAAUUCAUCCAGGAGCUGAUUGACGAUAACUACGCCUACAUAACCAGCAGCAAUUCGGUUUACUUCGACGUGUCCAAGAGCAAGGAAUACGGAAAGCUGGCGAAGGUAACCAUUGAAGAGGAGACGUCGAGCAACGAGAAGCGAAACAGUGCAGACUUUGCCUUGUGGAAGGCGCGCAAAACCCAAAAGGAGCCAAGUUGGCAGGCGCCGUGGGGCGGCGAGGGACGUCCUGGCUGGCACAUCGAGUGUAGUGCUAUUGCCGGCCUCUUUUUUGGGCGAACGGUGGACUUUCAUGCGGGUGGGCUGGAUUUGCGCUUUCCACAUCACGAAAACGAGGAAGCGCAGUGCUGUGCGCGCUAUAAAACAGAUCAAUGGGUCAACUACUGGCUGCAUACGGGGCAGCUGCAUCUAACCGGAGAUCAGCGUAAAAUGUCGAAAUCCCUGCGCAACACCAUAUCUGUGGAGGAGCUUCUAAAGAAGUACACGGCCGACGAGUUCCGGAUGGCCUGCCUCCUGUCCAAUUAUCGCAACGCUAUGUAUUAUAGCGACGACCUAAUGCAGACUGCCCGACAGACCCUGCAAAGGUUCAAAAACUUUCAUGCGGAUCUCAGCGCCUACGUUCAGUUCCUCAAGCCAGUCCAUUUGCUGGAUGAGGGUGCCCUGCGGGCCCAAUUGGCGCAUACCAUGGCCGAGUUUGACAACAGCCUGCGCGAUGACUUCGACACUUCCCGCGCCAUUAGCGUGAUGAUCGACCAGAUGAGUAGCAUCAGUCGCUGCAUCAAUGAGCAGAAGGUCGAUGCCCAAGAAGAGCCCGCUUACUGCAUGGAUCUGCUUAUGGCGGCAGGUAACUUCAUUAACAGAGCCAUGCUUACGUUUGGUGUCUCGGAGCUGGCACCGAAAGAGGCUUUGGAGGCACAAGUUCCAUCUACGACCCACAAAAUAGAUUCAUCUAUUCUGGUAGAUGAUGUACUGUCGGUGCGUGGAAGAAUGCGACAGGAGGCAUUCUCCGGCCAACAAAAAAACUCUCAGCUUCUGGCGGCUUGUGACGAGCUAAGGACCCUUUUGCAACAGCACGGAAUACAGGUGCGGGACCAUAAACAAGGCAGUUCCUGGGUCUUUGCUGUUUCUUGUCCAACCGAUGAUGAAAAAAGCAAAUCUUCUGUGAAAUAAAAGUCAUGGUAUUUAUCGUUUUUGUUACAUAAA